UACUUUGUUUUAAAAAUCAUAAAAAUAAUUUAACCAGCAGUGCUGAUCUUAGAUUAAUAGUUAUUUAGGUUUUAAAUAGUUAAUUGUAUAAAAUGGAGCCUAUGACGCUGGGCAGCCCACCACAUUCCCCAUCAGGAAGCCCAAACGUGGGAUAUUUACCGCCUUUCCUUUUGGGUGAAAUAAAUCCACCAACAACUCCUCGAACAAAUAGUUUAUCGCCCACAAAAGGACGCAGUCUUGCUUUUGGAUCUCCGACCAGCCCGACUCAGACAUCGACUCCAGAGCAAAAAAUGUAUAGACAGAACUUCACGAUGCACCAGCAGGCUAUUUUCAACCAACAAAAUGCUUAUUCUAACAUGCCUACAUCACCCAAUAUCUCAUAUUCAAGCAAGCCUAAUGGUCCUCCUAUAGAAGACUUAUUUGACACUAUAAAGAGUAAUGAGCCUAACAAAUCUGCAUACCAAGACCACAGCUUUCUAGGAUAUGGCAAUAACAAUUCAAUGAUGCAGAACUCCUAUGUAAAUAACAUGAAUGCAUCUGUGAAUCAAUCCCUAGCAAAUGCGUGGCAAGAUGGGUGCCAGGAACAGGAUGAAUAUUGGGUCACCAUUUUUGGUUUCCCUCCAAAUGCAGCAAACACUGUUUUAGCUAGGUUCAGCAAUUGUGGAGCAAUUCUUGAUAAACAAUACCCCACCCAAGGGAACUGGGCACACGUCAGAUAUGCGACCCGAGCAGAGAAGGAGAGGGCAAUGACCCUUAGUGGCAGACAGGUGCUGCCCGGGAUCAUGGUGGGAGUGAUGGAGUGCCGGGAGGUGCCACGGAUGAGCGUGGCCAGUCCUGGGUUAGCAUCACCUGAAAGGCCAAUGACUGGCGCGCGGUCGCUGUGCCCGACGCCGAUCCCGUCCGCGCCAGUGCCCCAACGCUCUACGGGUAUCAUCUCCAAGGCCCUGGACUAUGUACUGGGCUGGUGACAAAUACCAUACAAUGAAAUAACUAGUAAAUCAAGAAAAAGUGACUCGAAGCUGUAUAAAAUGUUUCCCAAAUUCAACAAAAAGAAAUAUGAUAGCAUUCAUUGAACUUAAAUUAGUUGAUAGGAUUGUGAAAGCGACAAUUAAAUCACACAAAUAAUUUUA